ACAGAAAGUGUUCGGGAGUGGGGGGUGGGGGGAGUGGUCCGCCUUUCCGAUGCGAACGUGUGCGCUCAUGUCACGACCGAGCGCCGCGCCGCGCCACGGGAGCGUCCUGAGUGAUCCACACCGGCGAUGAUAAGCGGACUCUGAAGGAAUAAAACAAUGGGUGGCCAGAUAACGCGAAAUGCCUUCUACGACUCCCUCGGUGGCCCGUUCCCAUCCACAUCACACCGAUGCCACCACAAACCCAAGAGGUGCCUGCAGAUCCAGUGUGGCGGUGUGAGUGGGCCCCUUCCCGUCAGCCCACUUCUCUUCCAUCCGAAUGCCAAGGGCUCCCAGAUUGUCAUGGACCUUGCCCAGAAGACAGUGAAGAGGCAGGCCAGCUUCUGCAACGCCAUCACCUUCAGCAACAGGCCCAUCGUGCUGUACGAGCAAGUCCGCCUCAAGAUCACUAAAAAGCAGUGCUGCUGGAGCGGGGCUCUGCGUCUGGGGUUCACCAUGAAAGACCCUUCCAGGAUAAACCCCGACAACCUGCCUAAGUACGCCUGCCCCGACCUGGUGUCCCAGACUGGCUUCUGGGCCAAGGCCCUGCCUGAGGAGUUUGCCAACGAGGGCAACGUCAUCGCCUUCUGGGUCGACAAGAAGGGCAGAGUGUUCUACCGCAUAAACGAGUCCAGCCCCAUGCUGUUCUUCAGCGGGGUCCGCACAGCCGAGCCCCUGUGGGCCCUCAUUGACGUUUAUGGGCUGACCCGUGGAGUGCAGCUGCUAGGCAGCGAGAUCGUUCCUCCCGACUGCCUGCGCCCGCGCUCCUUCACCACCGUGCGCUCCUCCUCGCUGCGACGCGAGGCAGACGACUCCCGCCUGUCCGUCAGCCUGUGCGACCUCAACCUGCAGCAGGAGGAGGGCGGCAACGCCCACAACCACGCCCAUCACCACACCCUCCACCUGGCCUCGGCCUCCUCCUCCUCCACCUGCCCCAUCCCCCAGAACUCCCUCAACUCCCAGCAGUCCUCCCUGCUGCCGCCCGGCCUGGAGAGCGACCUCCACUUCCACCAGCUGCGCGGCGCCCACAUUAAGACGCUGGACGAGCAGACGGUGGCGCGAUCUGAGCAUGCGCGCGAGGAGCGCACGCUGGUCUUCACCAACCGGCCCCUGCGCACCGGCGAGACCGUCUUCAUCAAAGUCACCAAGUCCAGCCCGGCGCGCUCCGGCUCCUUGUCCUACGGCGUGACGUCCUGUGACCCAGCCGUGCUGCGCCCCAGCGACCUGCCCUACAACCCCGAGGCUCUGGUGGACAGGAAGGAGUUCUGGGCGGUGUGUCGGGUGCCCACCCCUCUCCAGAGCAGUGACAUUCUGGGCUUCCUGGUCAACCAGGAGGGGGAGGUCAUCCUCAGCCACAACGGCACCAACGUGGGCAUGCAGGUGUGCGUGGACAACUCCCGUCCCCUCUGGAUGUUCUUCGGUCUGCAUGGGGCUGUGACUCAGCUAAGGAUUCUGGGUUCAACUCAUCUUGGGGACCCGCGGGCCACAUCCAACCCCAGCUCGCCCUCCUCCUCCCCGCACACCCCCAGCGCCCUGGGCAGUGGGAGCUCCGAUCCAGUCCUGAAUGGAGGCCUGUGCUCCGCCGCUUACUGCAGCUCAGCAGGGGAUACGACCCCAAAUUCACCCGCCAGCCUCCCCAAGUCUCCCACGUUCCCAGCAGGCCGUGGGCCUUGGUCCGACGAGUGCUCUAUCUGUUACGAGAACGCGGUGGACACGGUCAUCUACGCCUGCGGCCACAUGUGUCUGUGCUACGCGUGCGGCCUCAAACUCAAGAAGAUGUCCAACGCCUGCUGUCCCAUCUGCAGACGACAGAUCAAAGACAUCAUCAAGACCUACCGCAGCACGUAAGGGCGGGCGACGGCAAACGGACGGACGGCCUCCGCAAAAUCCCACGGUCAGGGGAAGGAAAUGCCUACGUUCGGUGAAAAAUGAUCUCCGGUACUAUUUUCAUACAAUUAUUGGCGGUUGGUUUCCUCUCGUGACCUUUUCCAAAGCCCGGUACCACCGCUUCGUUUGGGAAGGUCUCCCUCACUUUAGAGUCGUCGCCACAGCCUCCCUGCAGAGGCGGCACUUGAAGUGGCAGGGGGUUCCGCUAACAACUUUGUUCUCGCCAGAAGUGUUUGCUCUCUCCGGGGGGGGGGGGACUUGAAAUACUUUGAAGGAGAAAGGAGGAAAAAAAACCACACGAAUCAAUUCCAAAAUUCUUUCCUUUGUCGAGCCACGUUGUAAGAAUUAGGGACUAACACCCGUUUGCACCAAAGCAAAUGAGUCACUUUGGGGGCUGAAUGUCUCGAUAAUAGCUCUUUUUAAGAUCCUUUUUAAGAGGAUGACUGAAGGUCUGAAAUAUGACGUGGACCCUGAUGGCUAUUUCGGACUCAACCAGUCAAUAAAAAAAGAAGCACACGUAAUCAGCUCAGUACGUCACAACUUGUGUCUGUGUGUUACUGAGCACUGGAAAAAGACAAGUCGGCGAGAGUGAUGGGUUCGCGUAAUCGUCGUGGUGAUUAACAGUGAGUGAUGUGUUUAGAGAUGCAGGGCGGCGCCGAGUAUAUUAAGUAGGAUUGUAACACCUGUUGUUCCUCGUAUAUAUAAUCUGAUGUACCUUCACGGUAGUUGUAAUGCAAACGUCAGUGGUUGCUAUGUCGUUGUGCUAGCUGGCUGCUUGCUCUGCAGUGUGGUGUGUUGCACCGAAAUCAGCGUUGUCCUCUCAGAUAUGCCCCCGAACACCGUCACAGGACGGAGACAUUCACCAGGUCAAACAAUCUACACAGAAGGAAACCGGAAGUCAUUUGGAUUCUCCUCAGGGCCCGAGCGUAUUUUUUCAACGAGAAUAUUUUCCCGAACUCUACCUACAACCAUGCCUAGCACACUGUGAGCAUCGUGACGAAUUGACAGGAUCUUCGGACAAAAACAGCUCACACAACAACGCAAGCAGUCAAAGGAUCGUCGCCAUGGUAUCGAGAAGCCACAACAGAUACAGCUCAGCCUCCUGCCUUAACGCACGGAAGCGCCGUUUGCCGCAUUGCAAAUGGAUCACAUUCUGUGUUUUUUCCUGCCGUUAUCCAAACCCCCCCCCCCCGACAAAUUACCAAAUAACGCUGUUACGUGUCGCAAAAUGUUCACUCAGAGGAGAAAAAAAAGCACACAAAAUUUAAAGCUAUUUUUGUAAUACAAAUCCAUGACAUUUCAGAUGUUGAACUAUUGAAGUGUAUAAGAUGUUUGUAACAGGACGUUCACCAGCAGCAGAGAUCCUUUUACAGAAAUCAUUUCAGGGGCAGGGGUACAAAAAAGCCCAGAUUUUGAAUAAAGGUAUGAUUCCUAUCCUAUUAGUAUGAUCCCUGAUUUCAAUACAAAAGACGUCCUCAUCCAUCCCCCACAAAUUUCACCUGUAAAUACCACAGCUCAGCAGUAAGCCACGGCUUAUGACACAAUACCGUGCGAAGCUGAGAGCCCAUUCUUUUUUUUUAAAUUGUCAUCGUUCUUCAUUUUGUAGAUAAUCAACAAACGGGGCUCAAACCUAUGCUGCUAUGGUAUCUGCCAGCUGCCCUUUCUAGGCAAACGCAGACGGUGAUGGUUCACACAUCCCCCGCUCCCCCAUUACAGUUCGAUUUACGCUACUGCUUGAAGUGUUAAUUCACAUUUUUUUGAAUGUUAACUUAUGUAUUUAGGGGAGAUAGAUGAUUUUUUAUCAGUGUGCUUGAAUUUGAAAAAAACAAAACCCCGCAAAAAGAAAAGUUUUGUCUGUGUUUUUAUGAUUUAAUUUUCAGUUCGUUUGGCGCGAUAAUCACCAUUCUAAGAUUAGUUUGUGUCUUGUUUAUCCAAAAGCAUGAGGAUCUUCUCUUGUUUUCUAAAAGUGAGUAGAUAGAGGGUUUCUUGUUCCUUGCAGCGAUAAGAGAUAUUGCAGUACACAAUCAAAACCGCAUUGCUUUUGGGUGCAAGAUAUAAACUUGUUUUGUUUUAUUAUUACAAUCCAUGAAUUUCAGGUGUUUUGGUUUCUUUUGUAAUUCAUCAUCUUUGUGUGUGAGCCCACGUUAGGGAGCCCUACUACCCACUUCUGUGUUUAUAGCUCCUACGGUUAUAUAGUCAGACAGCCAUCGCUGUAUGGUAAUGAUAAAUGUCACUUUAUAAAGCUACUGAUUGUAAUCUUGUAAAUGUUUAGGCCAGCGUUGCUCUCUGAGAUUCAACCGCGGCAUGUUUUUAUUUUUGUGCAGACACUCCGACCAAAUGGAAAAAUCUCUUUGUUUUUUAAUACAUCGUAAAAAAUGUAAUUCUUCUCUGUAAUUCUUCAGGGUUUUGCACAUCCUUGUGCAAAACCCUGUAUUUAUUAGGGCCUCGUUUUCUUUUCUUUUUUUUUUUUUUUUACAGUUACAGUACAUCCAUCGGUUUUUUUUUAACCUGAGAUCUGUGAACACACAUGAACAGUUCAUACCAAGCUACGGUAAAUAACCAUUUCUCUUUGGAUGAAGGUGUAAAUUAUUUCAUUAAAACAUUUUAAUGAAGGCCUCUGUGCCAAUUCUUGCUUUCUUUUGCAUCCAGAACACUCCCACAGGCUCCUUGAAUGUUACUGAUCCUGUCAUGUAGUAUUUAUUUGCCCAUCACUGAUGUAUGGACUAAAUUCCUCCAAACCUGCUUUUCUUCUUUGUGCGUUUUGUUUCUCUGCGACGGCUCCUCCGUGUCUGGCCAAUCACACAGCAGCACAUUGAGACUAUUCUUUCUGUAGAUCCCCCCCCCCCCGUCAUGCACGUCAUCUGUCCGCGCGGCGUGAACAUCAGGACCAACAGCGGCCGGUGUUCGUUUAGACGAGGAAGCGGUCAUGACACAGCGGCUGAAGAACUUCGCAAUCCUGUUAUUUCUUUCUUCUUUCUUUUCUUUUUUUCAGUUGAAACAUGUGAUUGUUUGUGAGCUCUGUUCAGUGUGUGUCGGACGAUUGUGGUUAAUAAAACUUUCCAGAUGUGUUUGAG